CCCCCCUCAUACUAAAGUCUGACUCCGCCCCUGCAUACAAGUGAGGUAAUUUCUCUCCAUUUCUUUCAUCCAUUCAGUUUCAGCUUCGUUCGUUCCUUCCCUGUGUUGCUCUCGCGUCGGUUUUCAGAACUUGUAAGUUCUCUCGAGUUUGUUUCGAUUUUGGCAUUUCUUUUUUCUCUCGCCUUUCUUCUUCUCAAAUGAAAUGCUUAGACCUGUUGUUUAAGAAAUUUGAACCUGUUUUCCCCUUUGUACAUAAUGCCCGGACCUUUUGCAAAAGAAUUGUGAGAUUCGUUUUCCCUUUUUGGUUGAUUUGGUGUGCUUUCCGAACUCCUGUACGUUUCAUGCUCUCGCUGCUUUGAGCUUUCUUUGCCUCAGUUACAGUCUCUUGGGUGUUUCCCUUGUGUGUUUUGCUGCUGCUAAAUUUUAAAAUUCUUUGUGUUUUUUGUUUCUAAUUUCCAAAAAGUCAAAUGUGUUGCUUGAGAAAAUAGAGGAACUAUAUUACUGGGUUUAUCUAUUUUGGUGUGCAGGGGUGUGUUAUGCUUCUAUGGACAGAUUGUUGGGUUUCCAUUUAUGGUGGGUGUGAAAAGGGUUGGGGCGUUUCAUUUUUUUGUUAUAGUUUGGUUGUUGUGCCUUCUUAUUUUUCCCUUUUGUAUGGCUGCUGAUUUUCUGGGCAUUUUAGCUGUGUCUUUUGCAUUUCUGCUGUGGUGCUGCCCAUCUUGUGAUGACAUUUUGGAGCCUGGUGUUCUCCCGGUUCUUUGAUUGCUUUGUCUUCUGUGCGUAAUAUUUUGCUUGAAGGAUUAUUCUGCGGCUGACUUUGUCCCCUGAUAUUUUGUUUCUUUGCACUACCAUUAUUCACACUGGUCCUAGUAGUGGUGUCGGGGACAAAUGUGGUGGCCGGAAAUGCAGCUGCUCCGAGCAGUAGCUCGGAGUUCCGCGAGCACUUCCUCAAACCCCACAACACCGCUCGCUAUAACGUGAACAAGCGCUUUAGCGGCGGACGGGGCCCACUCGGGAAACUAAAAUGGAACGCGACUGUGGCGGCCUACGCGGAAGAGUACGCUCGGAAAAUGUCCCGACCCGGAGUGGACUGCUCCGAGCUUGUCCACUCCGGCAGCGACAUUUACGGCGAGAACCUGGCUUGGUGCAGCGGCGAGAUGAGCCCGGAGGAGGCGGUGAAGAUGUGGGUGGAUGAGAAGAAAUACUACAGCUACAAUCAAAAUGCUUGCGCGGGUGGGCAGAUGUGCGGACAUUACACUCAGGUGGUUUGGCAGAAGACGAGGUUUGUGGGAUGCGCUAAGGCUCUGUGCAACAAGAACAAGCUGGAAAACACGUCUGCCACCUUCAUCACGUGUAAUUAUUAUCCUCCGGGCAAUUAUAUUGGAGAGAGGCCUUACUAAUUGCAGUUAUUAUUAUUGAUGUAAAUUUGAGCAAGUGUUGCUUAAAUUCCUAAACAGGACUUCUGCUCUAAAUAAUUGUCCUCUAAUUGCUUACAUAAUCAAAGUCAGUUAGUUGGUGGAGGGCGGUCCGAGUCGUCCGACAGUGACGGGUGAGCUCCAGUAGAGAUCUGCGGUGGAGCCUGUGGCCAGGGGUCUGGCUGCGAGCCUGCGACAAUAUGGCUGACCAUGCUCCAAGGGUUAUUUUCUUCCUGCAACUAUAUAUAUACUCCAUAUAAUAACUCCUAUUUAGGAAAAAUGUAAACUUUACUUCUGUUUUAACAAUUUAAUUUUAUUUACUCCUUUUUAGAGUAUUUUGUCUCAUCUAAUUAUCAACAUAUACUCCUAUUUAGGGAGUAUAUACAUUGAUUUUAAUAUACUCCGUCUUAAAUAAAUACACACUCCAUCAUU